AUGGCACCAAUUCCAAGCAAGUCUUCCCCAGGCCCUGUCACAGAAGCUGUGAAGGUGGCCAUUGAUGCUGGGUACCGCCAUAUCGACUGUGCCUAUGCCUAUGAGAAUGAGAAUGAAGUAGGCGAAGCCAUCCAAGAGAAAAUCAAGGAGAAGGUUGUGAAGCGGGAGGACCUUUUCAUCGUUAGCAAGUUGUGGCCCACCUUUUUCGAGAGACCCUUAGUGAAAACGGCCUGUCAGAAGACUCUCAAGGAUCUGAAACUGGACUAUUUGGACAUCUAUCUUAUUCACUGGCCACAGGGUCUACAGCCCAGUAAGGACCUUUUCCCCAAAGAUGAUAAAGGCAAUAUCCUCACCAGCAAAGCAACGUUCUUGGAUGCCUGGGAGGCCUUGGAGGAGCUAGUGGAUGAGGGACUGGUGAAGGCCCUCGGGAUCUCCAACUUCAACCACUUCCAGAUUGAAAAGCUCUUAAACAAACCUGGACUGAAACAUAAGCCAGUGACUAAUCAGAUCGAGUGCCACCCAUACCUCACACAGGACAAACUUAUCCAGUACUGCCACUCCAAGGGCAUCACCAUCACAGCCUACAGCCCCCUGGGCUCUCCAGAUAGACCUUGGGCUAAGCCAGAGGAUCCUUCUCUACUGGAAGAUCCUAAGAUUAAGGAGAUUGCUGCAAAGUACAAGAAAAGCACUGCCCAGGUUCUGAUCCGGUUCCAUAUCCAGAGGAAUGUGGCUGUGAUCCCUAAGUCUGUGACACCAAAACGCAUUAUUGAGAACUUUCAGGUCUUCGACUUUAAAUUGAGUGAUGAAGACAUGGCGACUAUACUCAGUUUCAACAGAAACUGGAGGAUCUGUUCCGUUACUCACGUAGCUCAUUUGGAUGAGUAUCCCUUCCAUGCAGAAUAUUGAAGUUGAAUCUUCUAAUGAGAUUAUCCAGUGGAUUCUCUUUGCCAAAGUGUAACUUUCUCCAAUCAGUCCUGUUUUAUCCAAGUUGAUCUGAAGUCAUACUGUGCCUGGUCCUCUUAUAGGCUGGAAUCUAGCCCAUGCUGGAUCUAGAUCCAUGUGUUCAACCAGGAGCACAUUAUCCAGGGAAAUCUGACCUAAAUGCGCAAAUAACAAUUUCCAUGUAUUUACUCUAAUUGGAUGGUAAACAUCAGGAAAUCUGCUAACAUUGAUCAUGCACAGAUUAAAAACAAUAAAAAAUGAUAAAAAUAA